AUGGAAAAGAUGGAGUUUGUUAAAGAUGAGAAAGAAGACAUGAGUUAUCUAGAGCCAUACAACAUAAAACAUGAAGAUACUGAGGAACAAAUAGACAUCAUAAAAGUGAAAGAAGAAAGCCAAGAACUGAAUGAAGUGGUGGAGGAACAUCAGUAUCAGAAGCCUCAUCAUUUCUUAAGUGGAGAAAAAUCCUUUUUUAGUUGUGCAGAGACUGAAAAUAAUUUCUCACAAAACAAAACUCAAACAACAGAGGACAAAAACUCUUUCACCUGCUCUCAGUGUGGAAAGAGUUUUACACGUAAACACAGUCUUAAGAAACACAUAAAAACUCAUACUGGAGAAAAACCUUUUACAUGCCCUGAGUGUGCUCAUGAGAAAACACACACUGGUGUUAAAGAUCAUGUGUGCUCUGAGUGUGGAAAGGGCUUCACUACAACUGGCGACUUGAAAAAACACCAGAGAAUUCAUACUGGAGAAAAACCUUACAAGUGCUCACAUUGUGACAAAAGUUUUGCUCAGUCAGGACAAUUGAAAAGACAUCAGAGAGUUCAUACGGACAUCAUAACAGUGAAAGAAGAAAGCCAAGAACUGAAUGAAGUGGUGGAGGAACAUCAGUAUCAGAAGCCUCAUCAUUUAAGUGGAGAAAAAUCCUUUUUUAGUUAUGCAGAGACUGAAAAUAAUUUCUCACAAAACAAAACACAAACAACAGAGGACAAAAACUCUUUCACCUGCUCUCAGUGUGGAAAGAGUUUUACACGUCACCUUAAAACACACUUAAGAAUUCACACUGGUGAGAAACCUUUCACAUGUACUCAGUGUGGAAGGAGUUUCGCACGUACAGAUGCUCUAAAUAACCACACACGAAUUCAUACUGGAGAGAAACCGUACAAGUGCUCUCAAUGUGACAAAAGUUUCGCUCAGUCAGGAUACCUGAAAACACAUGAGAGAGUUCAUAGUAGAGAGAAACCAUACGAGUGCUCACAUUAUGUUCUAAAUAACCAUACACGAACUCAUACUGGAGAGAAACCUUUUACAUGCCCUGAGUGUGGCAAGAGAUUUUCAUGGCUGAACUGUUUGAAAGCUCAUGAGAAAACACACACUGGUGUUAAAGAUCAUGUCUGUUCUGAGUGUGGAAAGGGCUUCACUGCUACUGGCGACUUGAAAAAACACCAGAGAAUUCAUACUGGAGAAAAACCUUACAAGUGCUCACAUUGUGACCAGUGCUUCACUCUGUCAGGAAACCUGAAAACACAUGAGAGAGUUCAUACUGGAGAGAAACCGUACAAGUGCUCUCAAUGUGACAAAAGUUUCGCUCAGUCAGGAUACCUGAAAACACAUGAGAGAGUUCAUAGUAGAGAGAAACCAUACGAGUGCUCACAUUGUGACAAAAGUUUUGCUCAGUCAGGACCUUUGAAAAAACAUCAGAGAGUUCAUACAGGUAGAAACCGAACCAGUGCAGACUGUGUGGGAGGAGUUUUACCUGAUUGCAGUAUCUAA